UUCGUUCAAAUAAAUGUUGGUAUUAGCGAGCUUCGAUAUCAGCAAUCGCUUUUUUGGCGUUACAAACCAGUCGCGAAUCAGUCGAACAGGCAUUGAACCAACGAAACGAUCAUCCGCUGAGUGACUAUCGCAGCCAAACUUAGACUGCAUGGUAAGAGUCCGAACCAAUCCGUCGCAGAUCUAAUAGCAGUCACCAGAAUGGCAGUUUUCGAUAAGUACACAUCCGAGGUGUUGCAAACUAAAUAAAUAAAAUUCAUCAAAAUAAAGACGUGAUCUAUCAAAGUAGCAGCAGGUGAAAAGCAGUUCGAAGUUAAAGUGUAAAGCAAAAAAUCAACACAAACAAUUCAUACGUGAUGCCCUUGCCGCCCAGCAUCGAAGAGCAGGGCAAACAAUCAUGGCUGCGUAUGCUCUACCGCUAUCGAUUUCAAUUUCAGGCAAUGGCUUCAGCGUCUGCUAUUUUCUUCGCUGGUGGCUUGAAGCUGGCUUGGUGUAUAUUUGAAAAGCCAGUGAGCGAUUCGCAGAAGCUUAUCAAUACCCACCUGCUGACGAUCGCAUGGUUUGUUGGCGUAGCUGCAGGAGCAAUUAUGGCAAGUGGAUUCGUACAACGCGUUAGCAAGAAUAUAUCACAUUGCACCAGCGGCACACUCCUUCUGCUUGGUGGCCUGCUCUUCGCCUGCAUACCCACCUCGUUUGCCAGCAUACUGUGCGGUUGCCUAUUGGAAGGCUGCGCUUAUGGCAUCAAUCAAGUACAAGGCCUCGUGACAGCCGGGGAGGUAGCACACAAGGACAUUCGCGGCUUAUUGGUGUCCAGUGAGCGCGUUUUCCUUUGGCUGGGCAUCUGUCUGCAGCUGUUUUGCACGCGACUGUGGUUCCUAUACGAGCCCGCAAAGGGCUAUCCGCUGCACCUAAAUCAAUUACACGGCAUUGUGGUAAUCUUGGUGGCACUGUGUGCGUUCGCCUGCAACACCCUCUACCGCUUCGAGUCGCCGCUGCUGCUGCAGAUGCAAAAGCGUGACUUAGCCGCCACAUAUGUGAUGAAGCGACUCCAGAACGCCAGUUACCCCAGCGCUGGGUUAACACAAAAGCAUGAGGAGUGCAAACAGAUGCUGGAGCAUGAUGCGGGCCAGACGGCGCGAAAGACCAACUCGCAUCCGCUACUCAAGGUGCUCUUACUGCGUUGUUAUGGCAUCGUUUCGCUGUCGUUGCCCGUCAAUCGCACAUUUGUCACCGCAAGUAUGACGGGCUUGAAUUGCACCAUAAACUGUGUUUAUCUCUUGUCUCUUUGCGGUGUGCUCGGCAGCGUUUUGGGCGCUUUGUGCGUAGACAAAUAUGGGCGUCGAAGGAUCGCUGUUAUUUGCCUACUUUUCUCUGGGACUUGCGCGUUUCUCUUGGCUAGCGUGCUGCAGUAUAUCUACGUGCAUAUUUCGUUGGUUUUACUGACGCACCUGACAUUCGAAUUGGUCGUCUAUCUGAUGUGGUGUUAUCAGGCUUUCAUAUGCGCUGGCGUUUCGAUGGUCAGCAGUGUUUAUAUGUCAGAAGCAUUUACCGUUUCUGCGAAGGCGUGCUGCUUGGCGGUGGUGGUGGUGUGCGAACAAUCCCUGCAAAUAGUGCUGGCUUUGCUAGUAUUUUACAUGGAUUUCAACGAACCGCUCUUUUUCUUCAUCAUAGGGGCGCUGGGCAUGCUCCUGGGCAUACUAGCUUUAUUCACUUUGCCGGAAACUAUGAAAAUAUCGCUUUACGAAUGCCUUCUAAAGUUCAACAAGGUUCCUUAAUAGAUUUAAGUUAGCUUCAUACCUAAAAUCGAAUUUAUGUAAGCUUGAGCUUUCUAAUUACUUUAGCAGAUAAUUUAGUUAAAUAAUUUAGAAAUACAUUUAUUGCAAAAAACUUAAGUUCUUU